AUGAAACGUUCCUGCACCAAACCAUCUCAUACCACCAUUUCCCUAAUCCUCAUCCCCCUAACCCUGCUAGCUUUUAUCUGCCUCUUCCUCCACCCCAAGGAUUUUGAUCUCCGCUGCCUCGUGAGCGCCUGCAACCCCUCUCGAUCUCCCUCGGCCGAUUUCACCCACGCGGUCACCCCGCAACCCGACUUCCGGCUCCUCAUCGGCAUCCUCACCCUCCCUGACCUCUACGAGCGCCGCCAUCUCCUCCGCCUCGUCUACUCCCUCCAACCCAAACACCCCAGGGCUCACAUCGACAUCCGCUUUGUCUUCUGCAACCUCACCAAGGAGGAGCAGCGAGUCCUCGUCGCCCUCGAGAUCAUGCGCUACAACGACAUCAUCAUCCUCAACUGCACCGAGAACAUGAACAGCGGCAAGACCUACACCUACUUCUCCACCCUCCCCAAACUAUGCGAUGGCACCCACGGCCAUGACCGGCCUUACGACUACGUUAUGAAGGCCGAUGAUGACAGCUAUCUGAUACUCGAUAACUUGGCAGAGUCAUUAAGGAACAAGUCGAGGGUGGACAUGUAUUACGGUUGUGUGCUCCCUUGCGAUAGCAUGGACCCAUUCCACGACUACAUGUCCGGGAUGGGGUAUAUAUUGUCGUGGGAUUUGGUCGAGUGGAUCUCGACGUCCGAGAUCGCGAGGAAGCAUACGGUCGGGGUGGAGGACUUGGUGACGGCGAAGUGGCUGAGAGAUGGCAACAAAGCGAAGAACAGGUACACUGGGAAGCCGGCCAUGUACGACCACCCGGACACGCAGCCGAGAACCUCGUGCCAGCACGAGUUUGUGCCGGAUACCGUUCUCGUGCACAAGGUGAAGAGUAACUUAAAAUGGGCCACGAUGCUCAAGUACUUCAAUGCUACUCAUGGGUUGCAGCCUUCCAAGUUCUAUCAUCUCACUUGA